AUGGCAGCCGACAUGGCCGUGACCGAGGUCGAGACCGCGAUCACGCGGCUCGGGCGCAUCACGAGCGAUAUCAAGACCAAGACGUCGCUCUUUGGGACACCGCAGGACACACGUGCCAACCACGACCAGCUCAAUGCGCUCGCCAAGGAAGGCAACGACUCGGUGCAGAUGCUUCGCAAGCAGCUGCAGAGCCUCUCGAGCGCCACGUCGACUGCCAACAAGAGCGCCGUGCGCAAGCUCUCCAAGGGCUUCCAAGCGCAAGUUACUGCGUUUGAGCAGGCGUGCAGCAGCAUGGUCGCGUCCGAAAAGUCGGCGGUCGAGCUCAUUCGGAGAACGUCAACGAAGCUGGACCCGUCCGCGCAAGACGGCCUCGCGUGCAACGAAGACCAGCUCUACGCGCAAGCCCAAGUGAGCGUUUACAACGAAGACGAUCUUGUGCGGCGCGAAGAAGACAUCGUCAAGAUCAACCACCAGCUGCGCGAGAUCAAGGCCGCGUACGAAGAAGUGGGCGGUCUCCUCGAAGACCAGAAAGACGUUGUGAUUGAAAUCGCCAACAACACCGAGGCCGCCCGCGAGAAUGCGCGCGAUGGGCUCGAGAAUGUCCAGCAAGCCGACAAGAAGACGGGCUACUGCACGUGCACGUGCUGCUAUCUCUGCACGAUCAUGUGA